AUGCGCUUUCCCUUCUGCGUUGGGAAUAAUCGACAAUAGCAUUUACUUUAGUCGCAGAGUGUAACGUUUACGACAGCUUGGCCAUCAACGAGGCCGUGGACCCCAUUAUCCAACGAGCAAGUCACCGCUCUAUUUUACGACCCGACUCACAUCUCCGACCCGACUCCUUGUUUAACAUCCGCAAUACCACGAUGUCCCCUCCGAAAACUUGUAGAGUCAUUGGCGGUGGGAUUUUUGGAUUGGAGUCAGCCUUAGCAGUCGCAACAACAGGAAUGUUUGAGAAGGUUAUUCUCUUCGAUUUCCCUUCUAGCAGCGCUGGAAGCUCUGGCUCUUCCAGGAUCUUACGUGACGGCUACGCCAACCCCAUAUUUGCUAAAUGGGCUGCUCGAGCUAUGGAACGGUGGGAGACGACAGAGUACAAGAUAUUUAUGAGAAAAUGUACUCGUUUUCUCAUCUAUACAUCCGAUCGCAUCAACAUAUUACAGGGUAUCGACAACACUCGAAAGGAACAAGGCAAGGAACCAUGCAAAAGAGUCACGGCUAAGGAGGUUGAGGAAGCUUUCGGUAGCCGAGCCUUGGGCAAACUUUUUGGAGAGGGUGCUACGUAUAUUCAUAGCCCUGAGGAUUGCGUCCUGGAUUGGCAGCAGUACGUGGAUUCAAGACGGGAAUCAGCUACACGAAACGUUGAGUUUAUCCAAGAGCAAGUGGUAGAUUUAGAGAUCGACGACGACAAGGUUAUGCAAAUUGUGACAAAUGCGAACGUAUAUGAGGUGACCUCGGAAGACAUUACUGUUGUAGCUACAGGGGGCUGGACAUCGGCGAAUCUGGACUUGUGGGGCGUACCAAAGUUGCCAGAAUCCCACCAGCCGGAAACUGUCGUGAUCAUGUCGUUUGAGAUCGAACUGACUCAGGAGGCACUCACAAAGAUGAAGGACAAUCCCAUCAUUUCUCCUGUUGGUCUAUUUGAGAUCACUCCGCUAGUUGCAAACAAAAUUAAGGUUACAUGGGUCAAUCAUAGGUUCCUAGAGAAGGGUAGUGGACUCCUAUCAAAUCCGAAAAUGCUAGAAGGAACCGCUAUUAUGCAGGUCGCAGUAUACCACAUUAGGAAAUGGCUACGAGAGAUCCUACCCGACCUCGGUAUUGUGGAUUUGAGAGGAGACGCACAAAUCGACAGUAUGAGCAAAGCGGGGAUGCCUGUUAUUGCUAUGCAUCCGGAGAUGCCUCGUGUAUGCCUAGUCAUGAAUGGUGGUCUGACCAGUGCUAAACUUGCGCCUUUAAUUGGCGAACUGACAGUGAACGCGAUAUUUGGCAAGCCUGAGCCUGAUUUUUCAUUACAAGAGCGGGAUACUAAUAUACACACACAACCUGCCCUCACUACAUGCGCGACAUUUGAGGAGAUGGAGCAGCAUGCAAAAGCAGAAUUGAGGGAUAUAAGACAAGAAGAGACUUAGUAAGGAAUGCAUAUCACGUUAAGGAAAUAUAGCCAUACUUUUCAUGGACCAGACUAGCAACCAGUUCCCAGAAAUCAAUUUGUAUGUUC